ACGGACGUUUCAACACCUUUGCGUUAAGUGUGUGCAGAGUGAAUACAUAGAAAAAAUUAAAAUUAAAAUCAACAUUAUUUUUAAAAAAUUUUUUUAUACGGAAACAUUCCAAAAAAAAGUGACUGCAAAUAGUUAACAGCCUUUAAAAUUAAAUAUUAAAAAAAAUGCAAAAAAAUAACUACAAUUAUAUGUUAAAAAGGUGUUGGGUGUGAAAUGCGGAUACGGAUGCCGGAAACCGCAAUGACAACGGUAGUGUUAACAGUUGUAAACAGCACAGCGAAUGUGAGUGUUUGCAUGUGCGCUAGUGUAGUUGUUUGUGUGCGUCUGCCACAUAUCGAAAAUUAAAGUGAGUUCUGUUUCAAUUGAGCCUAAACCACAAAUCUUUUUCCACAAAGUGCAAAAUAAAGAUGUGAAUUAUUAUUCAAAAAUAAAUGUGAAUGAGAAAUGAAAAAUAAUAUGGAGAACUGUUCGCGUUAAAACUUAUAACAAAUUAUUUAAACCAACAUUGUUUUACUACAAUAAGAAAAAGUACAGCACGAGUUCGUUUUUGUGGCCCAUGCUUUUGUAAUGAAUUAAUUCUGUUGAGUGUUGUUAAAGGAUUCCUUUCCAUCAUCGUGUACACGUUGACAUCAUUUGGGAGUAGGCGAGGGGCACAAAACUGCUGCUGGCAUAUCAUCACCCCGUAUGUGGCAUUCAUUCAAUUUUGUGUGCUAAAAUUGUGUAUGUCGAACCACGAUUACGUGGGUGUUUCUGUGACUGUGCGUGGGAGAAUGUAGAGCGUUUAACGUUGGGCAACUACUAUGACUCAACAUUUGACAUUUGCACUCGCUUCAAAUUAAAGUGCCCAAAUUACUAACAAGAUCCCCAUUAAGGAAUAUAAUCAAAAAUCGAUCAUUCUAUCAAUUUCUAUCCAAAUAUACCAGCGUAAAAAUUCCUGUCGAUUGACCAUCAAAGGACCAUCAGACGACUUCAACUUGUCGAAGAUGUAAUCACUCAAUACUGAUUUGAAAUGAUGACUUUGAGAGACAUAAAUCCCACACGAAGAAGUAUAUGAGCGAUUGAUUUUGCCACAAGGAUCACUUAUCUAUCAUAUAAAUGUAUAAGGAUUAGCCACAAUAGCUUUGGUCAAGGCUUACGCAACAGGAUUGCAAUAUUGGGGUUAGCUUUAGUGGAAGUCCGGUCAACAAUAGAAAACAUAUGCAAAUUUUCCUGUGACACAUACCAAAUUUCAGAAAAUGCAUUAUUUUCCCAAAACAUAUUUCACACAAUGGAGUGGUUGUCAAUCUCAUGGAAAACUGUGCGGGACUAUAAUAUUUUUGAGGCGUGGGGCUUGCAUGUGAACUUAAUUAAAAUUGAACUGUGAGCACUUCGUCAAUCUACGCAGAGUUUAUGGAAAAUAUGUUAGUUCUCAAAACAUGUGGCCCGUGUGUCUCCCGUAAAAAUAACAAAAAAUCCAAUUAAACCUGUUGUAAUGCCAUAUUACAACUCAGUAAACAGCCAUUACCUCUCUGAAUAAAAACCAAAAUAGCAGCACAAGCCAUUUUGCCGUGAAAAGGCGCUCCCAUCCACGCCAAAAUCAUUUUAAUUACCACUGCUGUUUAUUUUGGUGUGAUCCCGGCCAGAGCGGCCAACCGGCAACGAAAUGGAGUUUUUCCUGCGCGAGUAUAUGGCUCGUAGUAUCUUGCCUCAUUUAAAUGGUGCAGCCUCGUUCAGGCUAAUGGAUCGCCAUCAUCAUGCCCGCCACCACAUCAGCAGCUCCGACAGCAAUAGCAGCACAACGACAGUAACAAGUGGCAGUGGCGAUACAAAUUUGUAUUUUAUAGAACCCCAGCAACAAUUGCUGCUGGACCCAUUUGAGGGUGAUGUCGAGGAUGGUACUCAAAAUCACAGUGGCGACUACAGCGAAUACCUAAGCUCAAAUGACAGUGAUACUUCUACGGCAUCGACGAAUGCAACGACCCUGUAUGGCUUCCACCUGCUCGAAUCGCUGGCCAGUGUGACCACCACCACAAUAUCAUCGAUGGCACAGCAAACAAAUGAAACGUUUCAUCUGCUGCACGGCCAACGAAAUGUUAGCACAUCCUCGUACGCAGUUCACUGCGAUGGCGAAUGUCCUCCCGAUAUAAUGCUGAAUGACACCUGGAUUGAUGGAUGUGGUGACGACAGUGAAGGAGACACCCUGUCGUCCAUUUAUUUUAUUACCGCCGUAUAUCUGCUAUACAUUCCCAUAUUCGUAUUUGCCCUGCUGGGUAAUGGAACUGUCUGCUACAUUGUCCAAUCAACGCCACGCAUGCGCACCGUGACGAAUUAUUUCAUUGCGAAUUUGGCCAUGGGCGACAUUCUCAUGUCACUUUUCUGCGUGCCCUCGUCGUUUAUAUCGACUUUCAUUUUGGGCUAUUGGCCUUUUGGUAUAGCUCUUUGCCAUUUUGUCAACUAUUCGCAGGCUGUGUCGGUGCUGGUGAGUGCCUACACUCUGGUGGCCAUAUCGAUAGACCGGUAUAUUGCUAUAAUGUGGCCGCUACGACCGAGAAUAACAAAAAGAUAUGCAAAAUUCAUUAUAGUUGGCAUAUGGAUCAUAGCCUUGGCAACGGCUUUACCAAUUCCCAUAGUGUCAAAGCUGGUGCAACCUGGAGAUUGGUAUGAGCAAUGUGACAGAUACAUCUGCAAAGAAGAGUGGCCCACAGCCGAGCAAAAUUAUUACUACACAUGGGCACUGCUGACACUACAAUUUAUUGUGCCACUGUCAGUGCUUAUUUUUACCUACACCCGCAUCGCAUUAGCCGUUUGGGGCAAGAGACCACCGGGCGAGGCAGAAAAUUCCAGAGACCAACGCAUGGCAAGGUCAAAACGAAAGAUGAUUAAAAUGAUGGUGACUGUGGUGAUUGUCUUUACAAUGUGUUGGCUACCGUUCAACAUACUUUCGCUUCUAUUAAACGACGAGGAGGUGCGCAUGUGGGGGGCAUUACCGUAUGCCUGGUUCGCUGUUCACUGGCUGGCCAUGUCACAUAGUUGCUAUAAUCCCAUCAUUUAUUGCUACAUGAACGCCCGUUUCCGCGGUGGUUUCCUGCAGAUUAUUUACCGUGUGCCUGGCCUGAGACGUUGCUGUUGCCUGCGGCGUUAUUUGCACACGCGCGGUGAUCGUAGCUAUGAGACCACUGGUGAGAUGACCUUCAAAUUCAAUCGUCAUAGUGGUGGAGGUCUUAUCAGGAAACCUAAGAUACGAAUUAGGAACAGACGAUGCGUUCCACCUGCAGCGUGUGAACACAUGCACCACAUUCAUCAGCACAAGGAGAAAGCUGCGCACGAAUUCUAUGCAAGUGAGUCAAUCUUCAUGUGCGGAAACAACGGUGUUGCGGUAGUGCCAGCCCCACCAUAAACCCAUCGAAUUCACAGAUAGUUUCGAUUAAGAAACAUGAGUAAACAACUCAAUUCCACGUACUAACCACAGGACCACAAUGUUUGCUAUCUGGACACCUGAAUAGCAAGCAAAGCAAACAUUUCAUAACAUUUAUUUCGAUUGCAGAUUUGCGAUGUCAUCCCAAACAUAAUUGCUUAAAUACAUACUAGCUUUAAAGAUAUUAAUAAGCUAAACUGCUAAGGACUUUGUUAGAGUAUUUAAAUUUAUUAUUUGCUAUUUAAUGAUAAUGGAUUUUAACUUUAUGCUCUACCGGAAUAAAAGUUGUGAAGAGAAAAAAAUCAAAUCAUAUUAAAAGUUUUAAAUAAAAAGGCAAUGUAUUUUUUACCAGUAAUAUCAAAAAUGUCCAUGAGAUUCAACUCAUUUGAAAAUUGCAAUAAUUUGUUGAAAUCAAUCUGUUUCACGUCAAGUUGUUAAUUUUUCCUUUUCAAAAUCCGUCCUUGUUGAAUUGAAUUUAAGUUCUAAAAUCAGGCUUGUGUGAAUAAUUUUCAUAAAAAAUCUCGUAAGGAUUAGUUGUCAUACGAAUAUCGAAUUAAUUCUAUUCUCAUUUUUAUACAAAUACAAUCAAAAUCCUCGCGAGUUAAAACAAUUUAUAUAUAAUGAAAUAUGGACCCUACACCAUUAGAGUAUCAGUGAUCCUUUAGGUAUAUGUAUAUAUUUAUUCGUGAUCUUUUUGACAUUCUGAGUCGUCCUAGCCAUAUCCGUCCCUCUGUCUGUCUGUCCAUCAUUCUGUGGAAAUCACGAUAGAGCCUAAAAGAAUACAGCAAUACGCUUAAAAUUUUGCACAGAUACUUCUUAUCGAUAUAUCGGUCCAUGUUAAGUUAAUGCUCCCAUAUAAAGCGAUUUCCCGAUUGUACUUCUUGAGCCUUGGCUGAAAUUUUGCACCAUGAUUUCUGUUGUUAACUAGAGGAGGAGGCAAUUCUUAUUUAAUUACAACAAAGUCCAUAUGGUAUUGCUGACAUCAUACUUUUUUUAAAACCGCGCAAUGAUCUUGACAAAUGGGAGGAGAAAAAUCUAUUAGUUUGGUCAGUCAGAACUCGGAUAUAUAUUCUAUUCAAAUUUAAACGAAAUCAGAUGAAUACAUAACUAUAUCAUAAUAUCCGAUGUAGACUAUCAGACAAGGUUGUAGAGAGGUCUAUUACAACUCAAUAAGUAAUAAGCACGCCCAUUAUGGGGCCAUGACCUAUAAUGGGAAAACUAGCUAUAUCGAAUUGUGCUUCGUCCUACUUACCAAAUCACUUAUUAUUUUCCAUACUACGCCCCUAAGUUGGUUUAUGUCUGGUAUUGUGCCCCCACCUAAGUGUCAGUGUCUUUUAGCAGCAAUAGCCGGAAAAUGACAUAGGAAAUGCUACAACGUCUCAUCAUCCUCCCUACAUGCUCCAAACAUGCCAACACUAGCCGCUCAUAAGUGAGCUUGUGGUCCUAUGGGCCCCCUUAUGAUUACUAGUCCGACCUACUUCUAACUUAUUUUUGGUAUCUCCGCAUAGGAUUUUCGUCGUCCUACCGCCGUUUCGCUGUUUCACAGCGUUAUAGGCAUGUUUGUCGGCAACGCCCCUUACUCGGACUGCGUCGACCCGAAAGGCUUCGGGUUAACCAAGUUUAUUGAUGGUAGUCCUCCGACCUUCACAAAUGCUCUUUCAUUCCCCCCUUACUCCGCUAUUACCUGGCUACCAAACGAUGCGGAUCGUGCCAUCCAAGACUGUUUUUGAACUUACCGUCCUGGUUGAUUAUUGCCCUGAUGGCCAGUUUACUAUCCGUAAAGAUGUUCAUACUGAACGUCUUUGGUUCAACACCACACCGCCUCAUCCAUUUCGUGACCGCCCGGAUCUUCGUCUGCAGAACCGUAUUAUGGUGAAGCAGUCGAAAACAUAUCUCAGUCUCUUUAUGGGGUGGCAUAUUGAAUAAUUCGAAGUAUUACAAACAUCCUAUAGUGGUGGGUUUAAAAAUGAUUCAAAAAAAUAUUUAUCUAAUUGAAAAAGAUACAAUGUUCAAACGCAUCUUUUAAUAAACAACAAAAAAAGGAUCGGCCCGGCCGGGAUCUAUGGAUACCCACCACCUCGGAUAUAUAUACUACCCCCCUUUCGUCAUAACACGGUGAUUAAUGCAUCACUUAUGAACACCUAGCAGCUAUAUCUAAAUAUAGUCCGAUUUCCACCAUAUUCAGGAAGACUAUGUAAGAGUAAAACACUACUCAUUGUACCGAAUUCAUCGGUUAAAAAAUUCACCUUUAUGGGCCUGAGAACUUAAAUCGGGAGAUCGGUAUAUGUUUAUGCCAGCUAUAUCCAAAUAUACACCGAACAAUAUUGAACUCGAAUGUCGGAAAGCCUAAUACAGCCCACAGUGUCAUUGCGCCAUAGAGUAAUAACCGUGCCAUCAUUGUUCCAAGAACUUAAAUUGGGAGAUAUAUAAAUUGAGAAAGCUAUAUCCAAAUGUAGCCCGAUCUUGACCAUAUACGACGUAAAUGUCGAAGUAACUAAGAGAACUAAAUUUUAGCGAAAUUAAUUAACACAUUCCCCUUUUAUGGGCCUAAGACAUUAAAUAGGGAGAUCGGUCUCUAUAUCCAAAAUAGGACCGAUCUGGGCCAGAUUAAAGAAGGAUGUCGAGGGGCCACGCACAACUCACUGUCCCAAAUUUAAGCGAUAUCGGAUAAUAAAUGUUGUUUUAAAGGGCCUAAGACCGUAAAUCGGAAGAUUGGUAUGUAUGGGGGCUAUAUCAAGAUAUAGUCCGAUGUAGUCCAUCUUCGAACUUAACCUGUCCAUGAACAAAAAAAGAAUCUGUGCAAGUUCCAGCUCAAUAUUUCUAUUUUUAAAGAGUGUAGCGUGAUUUAAACAUACGGACGGACAGACGGAGGAAUAUGACUAGUUCGUCUUAGAUUUCUUAGAAGAUCAAGAAUAAUAUACUUUGGAGAGUAGCAAAUGGAUAUUUCGAUGUGUUGCAUCGAAAUCAUUACAUCGAACACAACACAUCGGUGGUUGGUAUACAAAUAUUUCAGAUUCAAUAAAAAAUGAUUGAUUAAAUUUUUAAUUGAAAAUGGCAAAAUAUCAAUCGUUAUUCUAAUUGGAAAAAAGAUGAAAUAAAAAAAAACUUCGUGAUUGGUUUUCUUUGUACAUUUUUGCUGUAAAUAUUAAAUAACUAAGGCGUACACGCCCUUCUUGAUAAGUGUCUUAUCCUUUUUUUUAACUGGUGGUUAGUAUAGGAGCGUCGAAUUACUUACAUCAAAGAGGGAAUUUAGUAAACAUUACCACAAUUGCCAUCAAAAUCCGAUGAAUAAUAUAUAUAUAUAUAUAUGUUCUCUCAAAAAGUCGAAGGAAGAUGUUCUAAUUUUCUGUUCGUUAUUAAUACUAGAAGAAGUAAAAACAUGCUAAGUUCGGCGGGGCGAAUCUUAGGAACCCAGACGUAAAAUCGAGAGAUCGGUGGAAGAUAUAUAUCAGGUUAUGGACCGAUUUAAACCAUACUUGGCACGAGUGUUGGAAGUCAUAAAUUGCCAAAUCGGACAAAAAUUUAAGCUUCUUGAGGAUGAAAAAGUCAAAUCUGGGGAUCAGUAUAUAGGGGGGCUAUAGUUAAAUCUAAACCGAUUGGGCGCAUUUGCAAUCCCCAACGACCUACAUAAAUAAGAAGUCCCUGUGCAAAAUUACAAGCGGAUAUAUUUAUUCGUUCGACCGCUAUCGUUCUUUUGACAGACAGAGAAACGGACGGACAUGACUAGAUCGACUUAAAAUAUCAGGACGAUCCAGAAUGUGUAUACUUUAUGGUGUGGCAGAUCAAUAUUUCGAGUUGCUACAAAGGGAAUGUAUAUGUUAGUAAACCCCCCAUCCUACGGUGAUGGGUGUAAAAAUAAGAGAAGAUAGAUGUUUUAUAGUUCCCACCGUCAAACCAAACGGACCACAAUUUAGACAAGUCUUCAAUGAAAUGGUAAUCGCAUGUAAAACGCUGUCUUUAGCUUCCUCCUUCCUCAACGUCUCCAGAUAUUUGAAUACUUUAGUCUUUUAGCAUUUUAGCCUUGUCCGUAGUGAGGACUACUGAUUAGGACAUUGAUUAGAGGACUUUAAUCGUGUACUGCGGGGUCAGGUUGCACCGAAAACUUUGGUCUUAGUCUAUUUAUUGGUAAGGAUCCUGUUAGAUGAGUUUAGGGUUUUUUUAGAAACGGGUGCUAAAAAGGUUUGUUGCCAUUCAAAGAUAAGGGGCCGGUGGUACGAGCAUAAAUAGCCAAGACCAUUAGCUGCCCGACCGUCGGUCCAAAUCAAAAUAACAAAUGAAGUCAUCCGCUGGAAAGUUUGAAAAGAAAACUGUUAUUUAUGUACAUCAUUAGUGACUGGGACGAAUCAGUUCAGAUAGUUCCUAUAUAAACCAAUCCCUCGAUUUAACCACAUAAACGCCCAAAUUUUCAUCUGAUUUGUCUGAAAUGCGAAGUAUGGUUAGGUUAGGUGGAAAGAGGGUGCAAUAUACACCCGCAGGCCCACUCUUGCUUUAAACCAUCCGUGUAACAUGAUUUUCCAGAUGGCAAUACUUGUGUUCCGUCAAUACAAGACUGUGCCGCUGGCAGCAGUGUCUCGCACUCGACCUCAAGGUUAACCUCAGGUAUCCGAUCGGAAGCCUCUUCCCUUCCUUCCAGGUUUCCUAUCGUAGCCUCGAUUAUACCACGAUGGUAUGAGCUGCUCCAUCCUCAAUUCAUUUUCCCAUCGCCUUAAAUCACAUAGGCGUAGUGGCUGCCUCAAACUUAAUAUGCAUAUCAAUGGGUCGGAUAUCUAGAAUAGUCUCCAGUGCUCUAGUGGGUCUGGUCCUCAUCGCUCCGCCUCUGCCAAGACAACAAGUUCUCUGAACCUGUUGUAUGGUCCUUAUGUUGCACUUUUUCUCCAUAGCUCCACCAAACUACUAAAGUGUAAGUAGAUAUUGGUCUAAUCACGCUCCUGUAGAGCCAGUGGACUAUCCUAGGAUUCAGGUCCCAUUUUGAGCCUACAGCCCGAAUACAUAUUGCCCAACAUCUGUGAGCCUUCUCAAUAUACUCCUGUCGUACACCUAAGUAUUUGACCUUGUCAGAUAUUGAAAUCGUCUUAUUGAGGAAAUGUGGUGCGUUAAAUUGGCCCAUCUUCGUUUUCCUCGUGAACAGUAUUAUAAGAUCGCCUGCGUAGCGCGAAGCAGACGGGCUCAUAUCCCUCCUCAGUCAGCAUCCGUAAUAGAUCAUAUAUGGUCAUAUGCCAUAUGCAAGACCUGUUCGGCCCUUCUUCAUAGCUGGUUCGGUUCCUCAUCCCUAAGACGUAUUAUAACAUCGUCUGUGUAGCAGACGGGUUCAAAUCCUUCCCAUACCCACCCAUAGGAGUGGCGAUAAAAGGCCCCCAUAAGGCGUGCCUUGUGCCACAUUCUCCUUUAUAUUUAUGCCAUAAGACACACAAUUUAUCCACCUGUUCCUUAGCAUAUGGUUUAUCCAGUCUCUGAAGACCGGGUCCACCCAGUACUGGUAUAAAGAUUGGAUCAGUGUGUCGGUCAGCAAAUUGGGAAAAGCCCCCUCGAUGUCAAUGCAUACUGACAGUGUGUACGUUUUGACAUCGAAGGAUUCUUCUAUUUUAUGCACAACCUCGUGCAGGGCAGUAUCCCCUACCUCCCCUUGACAUAGGCAUGCGGUCUGUAUUUGAGCAGUUCGCUGGAUGUCAUGCUUUUUAUCAUGGUGUCCACAAUACGUUCCAUGGUUUUGAGUAGAAAGGCCGUUUGAAGCUCCUCAAGGAUUCCUUCACCAUAAAUUCCGUUAUUAUAAACCUUCGAUCAACGUCAUUAUUCCAAGAUUCCGGUGUCUCCGUGAGUCCUUUCGUAUCCUGUGGAAAAUGGGUUUUCAUCAAAAGCCUCAACGUGUCCUCCGUUGUCUUUG